AUUUGUAUCAAUGGAUAGACAGUGCGUUUAUUUAUUUUUAUCCAUUUUCAUUAUAAACUUUUUAUCUGUAACAAAUGGAGGCAAAAAAAUAUACAUUAAAGAUUCUCUUACGGUUAAACCAUUUGAUGAUCGCCUUGAGUCAAAACGACUUCAAGAAAUUGUUAUAGAUGUAAUGAUCGCGAAGUUUAAAAAUCGAAAGAUGAUUGAUGUGUCUAAAACAAGGUAUAAUAUUAACAUGGCAUGGAGAGGAAUGAAAAGAUUUUUAAUAGGAAAAAUGAUGAGUUUUUUUUCCCCAUCGAUAGCAAAAGAGUUGAAAGCUAUAAAAUUACUUAAAGAAUUGGUUUCUAAAAAUGAUGACAUUAAAAAUAAAUACAACUUUGUUCUUCCGUUUAAAAAACCAAAUAUGUCUCAAAAGUACAAGUACAAAGAAGAAAACGAUGAAGAAGACAGUGAAGAAAGCGAUGAAAAAACUAACCGGCGUAAAAUUCAAAGCAAAAAAACGAUUAAAAAAGGCAAAAAUAUUAAAAACAAAAAAGAUAGUGAAGAGGACGAUGAUGAUGAUGAUGAUGCUCUUCAAAAAAAUCCUGAUCUGUUAAAUCAAUUAAUCGCACAAUCUGAAAAUUCAAAGUUAAAAAUGUCAUCGAUACCUCAGAAAGGUCGGCUGGAUAAUGGAAUAUCAAGGUUUUUACCUCGUUUUGGUACUGGCGUAUCUCCCGUUAAUAAUCCUGUAACUGUAGCACUACCAACAGAAACUAUGAUUAAUGGGGAAAAAUAUAAGAGUUCAAAAAAAAAUAGUGAUGAGGACAAUACAUCAAGUGACGAAGUUGAGAAUAAUGCAAAGGAUAAAGGAAAGAAAGGUGCAAGUAAAACAAACGCUAAAAAAAAUAAUAAGAGUCCAAAAAUAAGCAGUGAAGAAAAAAAUAGCGAUGAGGAUGAAAUAUCAAGUGAUAAAGGCAGGAAAAAUGCGGGUAAAAAAAAUGGUAGUCCGAAAAAAGAGAAAGAUAGUGGUAGUGGUAGUGAUGCAGAUGACGGUAGUGGCGCAGAUGACAGUAAUGGUGCAGAUGACGGUAGUGAUACUGGAAGUGGUAGUAAUGAAAGUGGUGUUAGUAAUAAUGAUGGAAGUAGUAGUUUUUGA